AUUAUACUGUAAAUUAUUGUCAGACGCGUUUAUAGAAUUUGUGAAUGAAGGAGGCGGUCACAGAAUGAGGAACGCGGAUACAGAAAAAACUGCAAAAAAGUCAUAAAUCAUAAAUGCAAGUAGUUUAUUACAAGUCAAUUUAUUUGAAGUUUCAACACCUCUUCGACGUAGUUGCCUUCUUAUUCAGAAGAUGCUUUCUAUACAUUUCCCACAAUUUCUCCAUUUCUAAACAAUGUCCUUAGUCUUCUUUAGUAAAUAUGGAUUGCAAGCAAAUCCAAAGCAGCUCUUCAUCUCAAACUAUAUGGAAAUAUGACGUGUUUCUAAGUUUUAGAGGUGAAGACACUAGAAACAACUUCACUGAUCAUCUUUUUGGCGCUCUUUAUGAAAAAUGCUUUGUUAUAUUCAAGGAUGACAUAAAGCUCACAAAAGGAGGAGAUAUAUCCACUGAGCUUCUACAAGCAAUUGAAGAAUCCCAAAUUUUGAUUGUGGUCUUCUCAAAAAAUUAUGCUUCUUCCAAAUGGUGCUUGCAAGAACUUGCAAAGAUUGCUGAUUGCAUUAACGUACAAGGACAAAAAGUUCUGCCUAUUUUCUAUGAUGUGAAUCCAUCUGAUGUGAGAAGACAAAGUGGAAAUUAUGAAAAAGCCUUCGUGAAGCAUGAAGAAAGAUUCAAAGAUCAUAUAGAGAUGAUUCAAACAUGGAGGGAAGCUCUAUCACAAGUAGCUAGUCUCUCUGGUUGGGAUAUCAGCAAUAAGGCACAACAUGGAGAGAUUGGAGAAAUUGUUAAAGAAGUAACAAGCAUAUUGAGUCACAACUUUUCAACUACACCAAAUGACACAGUUGGGAUGCAGUCACAAGUGGAAGAAUUAGAAAAUAUUUUGGUUUUAGACUCAAAUGCUGAUGUGAAAGUUGUAGGAAUUAGUGGCAUGGGUGGAAUAGGGAAGUCAACAUUGGCCGCUAGUUUAUAUUGCAGAAUCUCUAAUCAAUUUGAUGCAUCGUGCUUUAUUGAUGAUAUAAGUAAACUUUUUGGCGACCAUGGUCAAAUUGAUGGUCCAAUUGAGGCACAAAAGCAAAUUCUUAGUCAAACUUUAAAUGGGGAAAAUCUUCCGUUGUACAAUUCUAUCAAGACGUCUAAUUUUAUUCAAACAAGGUUACGCCACAAAAAGGUCCUCAUAGUUCUUGAUAAUGUUGAUGAAGCGAAACAGCUGGACAAAUUGGCUAUCAAACAUUGCCUGGGUGGAGGAAGUAGAAUCAUUAUAAUUUCUAGGGAUGAACAUAUCUUGCAAGAGUAUCAAGUGGAUAAAGUUUACACUGUUCAACUCUUGAAUUAUCGAGAUGCUCUUCAAUUGUUUUGUAGAAAAGCUUUCAAAUGUGAUGAUACAAUGAGGGAUUACAUUGACUUGACAAAUGAGGCACUAUCAUAUGCUAAUGGCCUCCCAUUAGCAAUUAAAGUAUUGGGUUCAUUUUUGUUUGGCCUAGAUGUUUCUGAAUGGAGAGGCGCAUUGGUUAGGCUGAGAGAAAAUCCGAAAAAGGAUAUAAUGGACGUGCUUCGAAUUAGCUUUGAUGCAUUGGAGGAUUCAGAAAAGGAAAUAUUUUUAGAUAUUUCAUGUUUUUUUCAUGGAAAUUUAAGGGAAAAUGUGGAGAAUAUUCUAGAUAUUCGUGGCUUUCAUCCUAAAAUUGGUAUAAAAGUUCUCAUUGAUAAAUCACUUGUCACAAUUAAUGAAUCUGAGACUAUUGAAAUGCAUGACUUGUUGAUAGAGCUGGGCAGAAGUAUAGUUCGAGAAAAAUCACCAAAAGGACCAAGAAAGUGGAGCAGACUAUGGGACUGCAAUGAUCUCUACAUUGUUUUGCAAGAAAAUAUGGCAGCAGAAAAUCUUGAAGCCAUAGGUUGUGAAAGUUCGGUAGAGUUUCCGAAGACAAUGAGGGCUGAUACUUUCUCAAAAAUGAUUUGCCUUAAGUUGCUCAUACUUAGGACCGUAAGAUUGAAAUUUUCAGAAAGCCUCAAUUGCCUUUCAAGUGAAUUACAAUACCUUGAUUGGGAUGAUUAUCCUUUCCAGUAUUUGCCACCAAAUUUUGAACCGGAUAAACUUGUUGAGUUGUACCUCUGUAGGAGCAGCAUUAAACAACUAUGGAAAGAGCCAAAGGGUCUACACCAUUUGAGAUUACUUAAUCUUUCUUACUCCAAAAAUCUUAUUAAAUUGCCGAAUUUUAGGGAGAUACCAAAUCUUGAGUUCCUCUCUCUUGAAGGAUGUAUAAAACUUGUGCAGAUCGAUCCUUCCAUUGGAAUUCUGACAAAGCUUGUUUAUUUAAACUUGAGAUAUUGUGAAAACCUAGUCAGUAUUCCCAACAUCAUUUUUGGUCUCAGUUCUCUCAACCAACUACUUCUCUCUGGCUGCUCAAAGUUAUUCCAGAACCAGCUAUUAAGGGAACCAAGGCAUGUUGAUCAUGUGAAGAUACUUGAAAUAAAUGGAACUGGUAUCAAACAUCAGCCAACAUCCUACAUCCUCAAAAUUCUAAAGUCCCUUUUGCAUUGUUUUUAUUUGGAAAGGCAUGAGGAAUCAAUUGGUUUAUUGUUUCCAUCUUUGCCUCAUUUCCUAUGUUUGGAAGAGCUUGACCUAAGUUUCUGCAAUCUACUUCAAAUCCCUGAUGCUAUUGGCUGGUUACAUUCUCUAAUACGGCUAGAUUUGGGGGGAAAUAAUUUUGUUGCACUACCUUCUGGCAUGAAGGAACUUUCCAAACUUCUAGUGUUGAAGCUGGAACACUGUAAGCAGCUGAUGUAUUUGCCAGAGCUCCCAGUAAGAAGCAAAGCAUCUUUCGAUGACUAUGUAGCAGGAUUAUAUAUCUUCAACUGCCCCAAUUUGAUUGAGUUAGAGCAAUGUUAUAUCAUGGCUUUUUCAUGGAUGAUACAACUCCUUGAGGUGCAAAUGCAGUCCUAUCUUUUCCACGGUCAGAUUAGCAUUGUUAUUCGCGGAACGGAAAUUCCAAGGUGGUUUAGCGAACAAAAAGCGGGUGAUUCAGUUAGCAUGGGUUUUACUCCCUAUAUACAUGAUGAAAAUUGCAUAGGAGUUGCCUGCUGUGCAAUAUUGCUGGCACAUGAUGAUCCUACUAAUUUGGGUGGUGCAUGGUGUGAAGAGGGUUGUGUUUGGUCCACUUUUGAAUAUGAUAAACAUAAGAGACACUACUAUUUUCCGUUGAAUAUAACAAAAGAUCUGAUCACAGUUGAAUCAAAUCACUUGUUGCUACAAUUUUUCACUAUGGAAGUAUUCAUUAAUAGUAUUAUAAGAAUUGAAAGAUUUUAUGAGGACAGUGUGGAAUUGUUUAUCUCGUCUCAACAACCCCAAGGUUUGCAUUUGGAGGUGAAAAAUAUUCGGUAUCAUUGGGUAUUUGAGGAGGAUCUGGUUAAAUUCAGCUCGAUGAUGGGGCACACUGGAAAUUCUUCAGUUUGGAGGCCCGACCUUUUAACAAAUGGAUAGCCAUAUCAUCAAGUCGAUUAACAAAGAACUUAAAGCACCAUUGGCUUUUACUCAGUUGAAGCAAGUACACUUGAGAAAUUCAAAGAGAGGGUUUGGUAUAUUGCAGACAUAAAUGUGGUAAUAAGUGUCAGCUGGUAGAUUUACUGGUAGAAAUUCGUUAGUAAGCAUGUGUUACGGUACAAUUAGUUAUCACAACCAACCAGACAUCACAGGUACUUGUGGAAUAAUCAGUAAUGUAAUCUUUCCAAUUGUUCUAAGAGACUAUUG